AUGACUCUUAACCUGACUCCUCUCAGACACUCAUCCAGAGGCUUCCUGCUCCCUAGCGUCCCGCCUGGAGUUAUUGGAGUUCUUGAGGAGGAAAACAAGCUUUGCGGGUGCUGCUUUGUGCCAUGCUCCCCGCUCCCCGCUGCCCGCGCUCUCCAGGCAGUGGCCACCUCCGCCCAUCAGAAAAUUAGCCAGAAUACCCACCGAAAGCCCGGCUCUCCACUUUCGGGGUGCGCACUCUCCCUUCGGAGAAACCUAUCGUGUCCCAAACAGACGCAGCACCAGCACCUCCCAGGAUGGUGCCCCAGCUGCUCAAGCGCCCCCGGGCUGCAGCUGCUGUGCCACACGCGGGGUGUCUGCACCCUUUGCCCGGCCGACCCGCACAGUGCCCUCCUCCCCGCGGGCCGGGGAUGCCCGGGGGCGCGGGGGUGCCCGGGGGCGCGGGGGUGCCCGGGGGGCCGGGGGUGCCCGGGGUCCGGGGGUGCCCAGGAGGCCGGGGGUGCCCAGCCGGGCCGGGGUGCCGGGAGGCCGGGAGUGCCCGGGGGUGCCGUGAGGCCGGGGGUGCGCAGGGGUGCCCGGGGGGCCGUGGGUACCCAGCCGGGCCGUGGGCGCCGGGCCGGGCCCCCGCCGAGGCGCUGCCGGCGGAGUCGGGCGGCACCUGCGGGCGGGCCCCGCUACUGCAGCUGGGGGCGCGGGGCCGGGACCCGCCGGGGCGGGGGAGGCGGCGGGGGGGUGCGUGGCAGCUGCGGGAGCGGCACAGGGCGGGGGGCGUCCCCGUGUCCCCCCGCUCUGCCACCCGCUGCCAGCACCCAGCGCAGAGCCGGCCGGAGCGCGGCUGGACGCUGCGACCCGCCGGGGGUCGCGCCCCCGCCCGCCCCCGCAGCCCCGGCUGGCGCUGGGGCCAGCAGGUCCCCAAAGGCCACGGCGGCCCGGAGCGGGGUCCUGGCUGACACCGGAGCGUCUGCAACUGCUAGAAGCGAUGCGUCCCCCGCCCUGCUGCGUGUGUAUCUAAAGAGGAGGCGCCUGGGCCGAGCUGUGGCACUGGGAGCACUGGGAGCUGCUGAGCCUGGCUGUUCACCCAGCACUACUUCGCAGGUGGUUUGGGAGCUCCAAACAUUUUCUCCCAAUCCACACUUUUCAAAAAACUGCCUUCUUUUAAACCACUUAGGCUUCUUCCACUACCCGGAGGGACAGACUAGCUGGAGAAUCGCAAGGACUCACAAGCCAAAAUGUUCACGGGGAUUUCUAAAAAUCCCAGACACACUACAGAGCGGUUCCUGGAGGUGUGGGAGCCCUUACAGGCACUUGUGAGCUUCCAGUUAAAUGAAGCGCUAAGGCCAACCCAGGGCCGGUGGCCCGGGCACACGGCAGGAGGGAGCAGGCUGGCAGCACGGUUCCACACCGGUGCUCCUCCUCAGAUUAGGAAUAGUUGCAAUGGGAGGAAGGCUCCUGCUCCAGCCGCAGAGGUCCUUGGGCCGGCCAUCCCUGGGCAAGCACUCCGUAGCUCCCACCGGAGUGAGCUGGUGGGGUAAAAAGAAGAAAAUCCGGAGUAUGGGCAGAGCAGGGAGGCGCAGUGGGUGCCAUGCAGUCUGCACGCAGGGGCUGGGGGGCUCAGGCUGGAGGUGGGGGGCUAAGGCUGGAGGUGGGGGGCUAAGGCUGGAGGUGAGAGGCUCAGGCGGGAGGUGGGGGGCUCAGGCUGGAGGUGCUGCUCACAGGGGCAGGGGUCGCGUUGGUGUCAGCAGCGGAGCAGUCACGUGUAGGGGCCUAUUUUAACCGCCUUCCCCACGCAGCAGAGUGCACGUCUCGAGGAUUGAAAUAGACCGUGGUUUGAUCAUUGUCUCUCCCAGGGAAAUGGUUUUUAAUGAGGUUUUAAAUAAUAAAGUGGGAUAAUUUCCCUGGCUGGCAAGAUCAUGAAAUUUUUAUGCCUCCUUUCUCUCCCAAAGUUUUAUCAACCUUUAUUUUUAGUGAUGCAUAAUCCCCCUUUUAAGGAAAAAAAAAAAAAAAAAAGCAGAGAAACCACUGAUUUAGGGAAAGCUGCUCCUGGGCAGGGAAUCUCAGCUGGAAAGCGGCCCCGGGGGCAGCACCUGGGCAGCCCAGCCCCACGCCCUGGGGUGGGUGAGGACCCCCCAGGGACAGAGGGGACCUCCAGCGCCGGUGCAGGGUGCCAGUACUGGGUGCAUACGGCUGGUGCAAGGUGCCAGUAGCGGGUACUGAGUGCAGGUGUGGGGUGCCAGUAUUGGGUACAAAGUGGUGAUACUGGAUGUUGGUGCAGGGUGCCGGUGCUGGGUGCAUGGUGCCGGCGCACAGCGCUGGUGCAGGGUGCAGUACUGGGUGCAUUGCUGGUAGUGGGGUGCAGUACUGGGAGCACGGUGCUGGUGCAGGGUGUAGCACUGGGUGCAAAGUGCUGGUAGUGGGUGCCAGUACUGGGCGCAUGGCGCUGGCGCAGGGUGCCAGCACUGGGAGCACGGUGCUGGUGCAGGGUGCGGGUACUGGGUGCCCAUGCUGGGCGCCGGGUGUGUGUGUGCGUGUGUGUGUGUGUUUUGACGUGAGGAAGUGCCAAAGCUGCAAUUGCUUUAGGAAGUCAAUCGCAGGGGCCGGGGGACGCGUGCGCAGUGCAGCCGCGCCGCUCCGCUCCGCUCCCGCUGCCGCUCCCUCUCCCCCGGUGCCCAGCCCGGAGGCAGCGCAGAGGCGGCGGCCGGGGGCGGC